AUGGCUGGCCUCACAGAUAUGCCACCAGAGGUAUUAAUUCUCAUCGGAAGCUAUUGCGACAAAGAAACAAUCAGGUCGAUUGUAUCAGUAUGCAUUCAAACAAACAUAAAAUUAAGUGCCUACCGGUCUAAAGACUUCCGCGCGUGCGCAGAUGCAGGCUGGAUUGCCUCUUACCUGCAGACACUGCUUGCAACUAAACCUGAGGAGCGCAUUACCCAUCGGCUAAGUGCUAUUGAAAAUGCUACAAUCCUAGUCAAUCCCUCCCUUCCGCCCCAGGGCUCGGAGGAGUCACAAGAGCUCCCUGAACCGCCAUACAAUGACCUAGUCGACUCGCUCGGCAGCCUGCUUUGCAAGAUGGUUGAACUUCGAUAUCUGAGGCUAGAUAUUAAGUGCUUGCCUGCUGAGAGUAUGGGAAGGCUUGCAGAACUCAUCCACUCUUAUCGUCGUGAGUUUAUGGCUUCAAAGGGCAUGCCACUGCAACAUUGUGCACUCUAUAUCAGCGCAUCAGCAGAGGUCACGCUAGCUUUUCUCGCCAUCUACAAUCCUUCUCAGUUCAAGUCACUUCAUUGCGACGCUAAGGAACUAAUGCUACCUGAAGAGCGGUCUAUAGAGCCAGGAGAUACCAUAUCGAGGCUGUAUUCCGACCAAUACCGGAACAUCAUAAAGAUGCAGAAUCUUGAGCGCCUUUGCAUUUGCUUUUCACCAGACGAGCAAGAUGAAAAAGACGAACAAGAAGAGUCAAUCAGUGGCAUGACCACUGAAACGACUUUUAGAGAGAUUAGGGAGAUCACCUCUAAUUUCCCACGGCUGGAGUGGUUGAUAAUCCACGACAACACAGCCUUUAUUCAGGAUUACAUGGAGGUAGUGGGAUUCGGCACAGUAUACCAUGGACAGGUACGUAUUGCUAUAUGGUUAAGCUAUACCAACCUCAAGGGACCUGCCUAG